CCACUCACCGAAGAGAAGCCGCCGCCUUCUUCACCGCCACCGUUCCUAUUCUAGCUAAAAUUCUCCAUUGUUCUCGCUCUCACUCUCUUUCUCUCUCUGUCUAUCUCUCUCGCAUACAUACACAAAGCACGGUGCUAUCCUCAGUGGAACAACGUUGUAUCAAUCUCAAAGAAGUAAAACCACACAGAAACAAUGGCUGGUGGUCGAUUCCGCGAACUGAUGAAGAAAUAUGGCAAAGUGGCUCUCGGCGUUCACCUGAGCGUUUCCACAGUUUCCAUUGCCAGUCUAUACGUCGCCAUAAAGAACAACGUCGACGUCGAAGCCAUUCUCGAGAAGUUCCACAUGGGUGCCGUCUCCGACCAGAAAAACCCUAACCCUAACGACGAAGACGCCUCUCAACCUCCUAAGAACCGGACGGCGCAGCUCGCCGCCUCCGCUGGCGGAGCCUUCACGCUUGCGAUCCUCUGCAACAAGGCGCUGUUCCCCGUGCGCGUUCCCAUCACCGUCGCGCUCACUCCCCCAAUCGCAAGGUUCCUGGCGCGGAGGAACAUCGUCAAGAGCGGUGUCUGACCUGGAUUCGGUAUAUCUAUGGUGCAAUUGUUCCUUGUUCACAAAACCUUGGUAUGAUGGUUACAUGAAUAGCUGUUUUGCCAAAUCUCUGAACUAUUUUGAUUGACUGAAAAUAUGCUAUGCUCUCCAUCUUCUGUUGGAUCAUAUUCUCAGAUGGCAACUCACCUCGUUAACACACAUAAAACAAACACUUCAUCUCAUCAACACGAGCCAAUUGUUUAACUUCCUUGGGCAGAAAUUUGUUUAAUAUUAUGUCAUAUUAAGGCCUUAGGAGCCAUAUUUUUGGGCUUAGGGGUGGGUUGUGAAGGACUUAGCUGAAGCAUUCAGCACAAGUUUGAAUUGAUUUUAUUUUUCCAUUAGUAACUUUAUUUGAUUGUAUUGUUUUUCUAUGCUUUCAGGGGAAAAAUGACCUAGCUACACUAAUUCAUUCUAAUAUAAAACUAUAUAUUCUCAUUCAAGUGGGGGGUUAUGAUGACUCAUGAGAUUUCAGAUGCUUUGUAGAUUUAGAGUAGCAUUGAAUCCAAGUUGUUUCAUAAAAAAAAAAACAAAAGGACUGGAAGGAUGUUAAAGAGUCUUUAAUAAAUUGGAUUUUUCAAUUUAAUUAAAAGUAUAGUAAAAUGU